AUGCAGAAUGACGUGAAACUGCCUCCCGCCGAGAGGCGAAAUUAUAAACACGCUGUCGAUGGAGUGUUCCGUAUUCUCCGGGAAGAAGGGAUGAAACGCCUUUUCGGUGGUGCCACAAUGGCAACUUCAAGGGCAGUCCUGAUGACCAUUGGUCAGCUGUCUUUCUACGAUCAGAUCAAGCAAAUGCUAAUCGAAAGCGGCAUUGCCAAGGACAAUCUCUACACUCACUUCACGAGCAGCUUCUGUGCGGCCAGUAUUGCCACGAUGUUAACGCAGCCGCUGGAUGUCAUGAAAACUCGACUGAUGAAUGCACCUCCUGGGCAAUUCAAGGGCCUUGUUGACUGUUUCUUCUAUACGGCUAGGCUGGGACCAGCUGGAUUCUUUAAGGGCUUCGUUCCGGCAUGGGUUAGACUCGCACCUCAUACAGUGCUCACAUUUAUAUUUUUCGAACAACUCCGUUUUAACUUUGGUUAUUUCAAAUGA